AUGGAGUGCAGCUCCGAAGACGAACGAAGCUCCAGCUCAAAGGUUCCGCUUAAAGAUCACCUCGCGACCAUCCAACGCCCCGCGACCAGCGAUGCUCUCGCUAAAAAAUACCACCAAGAGUUUCUGAGCAGACAAGAUCCAGUAUUUCUCAACGCGGCAAUUCGAUGUGCUAGGUGGACGGUCAACAUCUGUCCACCCGACAAUUCCCGCGCACCUCGCUACUGCGUCCGAGUAGCUACGUAUCUUGAGUCACGAGAUCGACGGUUCAAAUCACCAUACAAUAACGAUCUCAUCGAAGCUCUCGAGUAUCUAGACCUGGCAAGCUACAGCACUCAUGUAGGCAGCGAGGCCGCACGAGAAAAGGCCCAGCGCCUGCAGAUCGCGCUCCUUUGCCAUCAGAGGCUGUAUCUGAAUGGAGAUGAUAUAACAGAUUUCGAACAUGUCGUUGGGAUUAUGCAGGAUGCCGCUGCGGCGUGGGAGAUCGUAGACGACAAGAAUAAGAUCUCUCUGGUCUAUUUUGAUCUUGCACAUAUGUACAACAUCCAAUCAAAGACUUGCGAAGAAAAAGGCGAAGGGGGGAAUCUCAGCCUUUUGGACCGCGCCGUCGAAUGCAUAGAGAAGGCCGUGGAGGCUAUACUUGUGAGAAAUGAACGUUGGGUCGACUAUAAUGAGAAAAAGAUCGAUUAUCUUAUGCUUCGGGCAAAACACAACAAAGCUACUGCAGAGGAUGAUUAUCGUGCUGCUAUCGAUACCUGUCGGAUGCUAAUGGAUGAUUGCGACGAGUCGGAGAAUUUCUCACAAAACAUAAAGGCGCAUUUUCAAUGUUUUAUGGGCCGGUUGUAUUACUUUCUGGCGACAGUGACAGAUGAGAAUGAUGACCUUCAUCAAGCUACGUACAAUUUGCAGCGAGCGAGUGAGGAUACGCCGCGUGAGGACCCGGAGUGGGAGGAUCGUUUCGAGAUGUUUCACGACGUGCUAGAGGCGUAUACUGUGAAGUUGGGAAAGCCUAUUCGACAUAACUCUUUAAUCCGGACGCAGCGGGAAAAGGUUCGCGAACUUCUAGAGUCUGAGAAAGAGGAAGAUCAGGGUGAACCACAGGCAGAGGCCCUAUAUACCCUGUCGGUGUUGCAUCAGCACCGCUACAUCAGCCGUCACGCGGAGGAGGACUUGAUUAUUACCACAGAACGUCUUCAAGAGGCGGUUGCCAAAACAUCCGAGUCCGAUUAUACAAAUCUCCUUCAACGCCUGGGGCUCGCGGCUGACUGCUACCAUGUUCUAUAUGGCGAUGAGGGUGAUCCGAAGUAUCUGAGAAUGGGGGUUAAAACAGGCGAGAGGGCAGUGGAGGUGGUGAAUAGAGCUAGAAAUAGCGUGGGUAGCCGGAAAAAGGGAGGAAUAUAUUAUACGCUUGGGCGUUGUUUAGCUGAGCUGGCUAAGGAAGAGAAUGACGAUGAGUUGAUGCAAAGGGCGGUUCGCGCUGGUGAGUCUGCGGUAGAGUUAUUGGAGGAAGGGGAUGAUGACGAGGAGGAUGAGGAUGGUCGGAGGAAACAGUAUCACAAGUAUCUUUCUUGUCUUGAGAUGUGGAGAGAGUCACUAUGA